AUUACCAUAAAUUUACUUACCUCACUCACAUAAAACCGAAGACUCGAUCUCAGUGUUAAACUGACAGAACGAUCAGGAACCUAAUCAAAAUAUCUCAGAAUUAAUACCGUACUAUCACAAAUUCAAAGUGAAAACUUCAUUAGGAUCAACCCUCACGAUGCUAUUUCUAUCAGUCUCCACAUUACCGAACAUCUCCAAAUUUCAUUAAAUGAGGACCUUUGUGAGAGGAAAUAUGGUUUUGGGACUUAAUAGCCAAAGAUUUCAAAGUUCAGGGACUUAUAGGAGGAAAAUCUAGAAGGGUCGGCUACUUUUCUUUUUCUUUUUCUUCUUUCUUCUUCUCCAGCCAUUUCGUGUUUCUGCUCAUUUGUUCUCCCCUGCAGCCCGAAAAUUUCCCAGCCACCGCCACCCUUCCAUUUCUUGAAAAAAAUUGGACGAAGGCUUGUAAGUUCUCCUCCUUUCUUGUUACAUAACAAGUUUUAGGACUUAGAACUCUCUCCCAAACCCAGAAUUUUCCAGAUCUGCACUGUUUCCUCCCCUUGCUGUCCGUCAGCUUCUGCUAUGUGUGAUUGAUGGGCAUUUUUAGGUAAGAAACAGCCAUGAUUUCAUCCUUUUAACUUUGAUUUAAGUUGGGCUCCUUUAAUUUUGGGUUAAACCGUGAGUCCCCUCCAGAAUUUUCCUUCCAUGCCGCCGGCUCUUCCCCAAAUUGCAGCUCCGGUCUUGCUUGCUGAAUUCUGAGAGUGAAGUCAAGGACGGGAAAAAACGAGGAAAGUGACGAGUUAGAAGGCUAGCCAUUUUGAGAUUGACAUAGAUUUUAGAAAUAAAUCAUGAUCUUGUAAACUUGACUUUAUUGGAGAUUUAUGAUAUCAGAGAAAAUUUUAAAAUAUUAUAUUCAGAUUUUGUGGUAUUAGAUUAUAAUAUAAUAAGUUCCAAGCCUUGUGCAUUUGUGGGAUUCUCUCACGAGUGCACGGCGUCUGUCACGUCCCGGAUUUGGAUUUGGGUGCGUGACACAUUUAAAUCCCGGUUAAUUGUUGGUCAUCAGUGCGUGAACAGUAUUUGUGAACAGUACUGGUAAACACUACCCGUGAACAGUACUGGUAAACACUACCCAUGAACAGUAACUGAUAUUUCCGGAAUUCAACUACAACCAGCUAAAAGACCAGAAAAAUGGAUAUUUCAUCAGAUUUUUCAGAGCAGAAACGGACUGAAAAGGAGCAGAAAAUAGUAGCAAAUUGCAGAAUUUUCUGUGUGAACAGUAACUGGUACGCGUGAACCGCAAAAUCUGGCAAAACAGCAGGAUUUUCACGCAGAACAGCAGCUAAAUUUCAAGCCAAAACAGGUUUACUUCUACAUGAACUAAGCCUAAAAAACACGUUUAAAGGCUGCUAAUUUCUUCCCCUAUUUCAGCAGAAAUUUGAACAGUACAGGGGCAGCAAUUGCAUGGAUGAUUUCAGCAAUUAAAUGGGUAAAUUUGGACUUAGAGAAGCUGCCACAUACCACAAUUUUCCAGCUGCAGAACCGGGCCUGGCAGGGGGAGAAGCUGGCGGCAAUUCUGCAGGAGAAAAAUCACGCAAUCCACGGAAAAUUGGAGAAACCAAGAGGAUUUAGAGUAAGCCCAAGCCAAUUCAAGAAAGAACAAAGGAAUUAGUGGCUGUUUCUUACCAGAAACCAAAGCAAUUCGCCCCCACAAAGCAGGAGCAGCCGGCGGUGAAGAACAGAGCAAAGCAAAUCCGGAAAUUCUCUGCAGGGGGGGAGGUUUCUAAGCUCCAAAUCUGGUUUUUGAACAAGAAAAGAAAGGCAAAAAUCAUCAAGCUUUACCGGUUUCCUCAAGGGGAGGUGCGUCGGGGCUAGGCUUCUUGUUGGGGCUGCAGCGGGUGAGAAGGAGAAGAAGAGCAGAACACGCAAGGCUGAAGAAAGAAAGAAGAAAAAAUACCCGGUCCUUAUCCAAAUCUUUUCUCUUUUAAACCCCUCAACUUUUGAAAUCUUGGCUAUUAAGCCCAAAUAAUAUUUUUCCACAAUU